AGGUAUAGUUAACGCGAGAAAUAGCUUCUAACCUCAAUCAGUCACUUUAUGUAUAUUCCCGCCAAAACGAUUUGUUUGAGUUAGUUUAUAGUAUCGUUUAGUUUAAUUUCAUUAAACAAAUAUGGAAGGUUUUGAUGAUCCAGGAACGUAUUACAGUUCAAAUUUUGCUCAAGAAGAUACUCCCAAUGAUCAGAUCAAUUUACAAGCGAUUAAAAAGCAAUUUAAAGAAUUUAUUCGCCAGUACCAUACAGACAAUUUUAACUACAAAUACAGGGAUAAUUUAAAAAGGAAUUAUAAUUUACGACAAUAUUAUCUAGAGGUGAAUAUUGAAGAUGUUGGUAGCUUUGAUGAAAAUCUGGCUGAUAAAUUAUACAAACAACCUACAGAUCAUCUUAUGCUCUUUGAAGAAGCCGCUAAAGAAGUAGCAGAUGAAUUAACAGCGCCUAGACCUGAAGGUGAAGAAAAAGUUGAGGAUAUUCAAAUUAUGCUAUCAUCUGAUGCAAAUCCUUCAGACUUAAGAUCUUUGAGGUCAGAAGUAGUAUCCAGAUUAGCAAAAAUUCCUGGAAUUGUGAUUAGUGCAUCGGGUAUUAAAGCUAAAGCAACAAAAAUAUCCAUCCAAUGCCGAACAUGCAGUGAUAUUAUUCCAAACUUGCCUGUAAAACCAGGACUUGAAGGAUAUCUUUUGCCCAGAAAAUGCAAUACGGAACAAGCAGGUAGACCAAAAUGUCCUAUGGACCCUUAUUUCAUUAUGCCAGAUAAGUGUCAUUGCGUAGACUUUCAAAUUUUGAAAUUACAAGAGCUUCCAGAUGGUAUCCCACAGGGAGAAAUUCCAAGACAUAUUACUAUGUACUGUGACAGAUACUUAUGUGAGAGGGUUGUGCCUGGUAAUAGAGUUCAAGUCUUAGGCAUAUUUUGUAUUAAAAAAAUUAACAGAGCUUCCAGAAAAGAAGGAAGAGAAAAGGCUUUAACUGGUGUUCGGACUUCAUACAUGAGAGUUGUUGGUAUCCAACUUGACAGUGAAGGCUUAGGAUCAUCUGCAUGUUCUAUAAUAUCAUCUGAAGAAGAAAAUACUUUCAGAAGAUUAUCAGCCCUUCCUAAUAUUUAUGAUAAAAUAGCGACCAGUAUUGCUCCUUCUAUAUAUGGAUUUGAAGAUAUCAAAAGAGCAAUUGCUUGCCUCCUUUUUGGUGGUUCUAGGAAACGACUACCUGAUGGCUUAACAAGAAGAGGAGAUAUCAAUAUUUUAUUACUUGGUGAUCCAGGAACUGCAAAAUCCCAAUUGUUGAAAUUUGUGGAAAAAGUUUCGCCGAUUGCCGUUUAUACCUCUGGAAAGGGAAGUUCAGCAGCUGGUUUAACUGCUUCUGUUAUGAGAGAUCCAGCUACAAGAAAUUUUGUAAUGGAAGGUGGAGCUAUGGUUUUAGCAGAUGGGGGAGUUGUUUGUAUUGAUGAAUUUGAUAAAAUGAGAGAAGAUGACAGAGUUGCAAUUCAUGAAGCUAUGGAACAACAAACAAUAUCUAUUGCCAAAGCAGGAAUUACAACCACUUUGAAUUCUAGAUGCUCUGUACUUGCUGCAGCAAAUAGUAUUUUUGGAAGAUGGGAUGAAACAAAGGGUGAAGAAAAUAUAGAUUUCCUGCCAACUAUACUCUCUCGUUUUGAUAUGAUUUUCAUUGUUAAAGAUGAACAUGAUAAGAAGAGGGAUAUGACACUUGCAAAACAUAUUAUGGGAGUUCAUAUGAAUGCGGGAGAAACAGCAAAGGAUUCCAAAGAUGGAGAAUUAUCAUUAGAGUUUAUUAAAAAGUACAUAAACUAUUGUCGGAGACAUUGUGGACCCAGAUUAAACCAUGAUGCUGCAGAAAAACUAAAAAGACGUUACGUCAUGAUGCGCACUGGAACUAAUCAACAUGACAAAGAAUGUGAUAAAAAAAGUUCAAUACCUAUUACUGUCAGACAGUUAGAAGCUGUAAUUCGAAUAUCUGAAAGCUUGGCAAAAAUGCAACUACAACCGUUUGCUACUGAAACUCAUGUGGAUGAAGCUCUGAGAUUGUUCAAAGUCUCAACUUUGGAUGCUGCUAUGAGUGGAAACCUUAGUGGUGCAGAAGGCUUUAUAACAGAAGAAGACCAUGAAAUGUUGGUUCGUGUAGAAAAGCAACUCAAACGAAGAUUUGCAAUAGGUACACAAGUGUCCCAGUCAGUUAUAGUACAAGAUUUUGUCCAGCAACAAUAUCCAGAAGGAGCCAUACUUAAAGUUAUACAAGCAAUGAUUAGAAGAGGUCAAUUACAACAUCGUAUGCAAAGGAAAUUACUGUAUCGAAUAAGUUAAAUUGUGCUUGAAAUAGUUUCAAGAGCUUUCCGAUCUAUGGAAAUAUCUUUUUAAUAAUUGAGAUCUUUCAAACUCUCAGUAAUUUGUUAUCUUUUUAUACAUUAUAAGUAUUUAAAAACCAA